AUGGCCUCCGUUGAAAGAAAGUUGCAUCAAGCAGAAAGUAAUGUUGGCCAAGAUAAAUAUCUUGAGUCCAAGGAUAUAGAAGGACAUUGUACUUAUGGGAAUGACAAAGAAGAGUCUGUCACAGAAAGAGUUGAGGAAGAUCCAUUUGAAACAAGCGAUGACCAAGACCAAGAUUAUGAUCCAAAUGAAGAGUUCACUUGA